AUUACUGUCCACAGUUCUCUCUCCCCUGCUCAGAGCAACAUAAGGACCGUGCUGCAGCAGCCAUUGAAUAUGUUGGAAAGUGUGUCUCAGUGUAAUUGAGACUUGUUCAUUCACUGCAGACUUUUAAAAGUCUUUGAGGUUAGUUGCUUUCAAGCGCAACCAUCUCAAAAUCCAAAAGACCUUGAUGUCAAAACUCCUAGCUGUUAAUGUUAGCCUUAAUGUUAGCCAUCAUAUUUUGAAACGUCGCAACAUCUUACAUAAGGAGUGGCUAAUUUCAGCGCAAUGACGGAAGGAGAUUGAACAUUGAAGUUACUGACCUACUUUCCAAAAAGAAAAAACGCACCUCACCGUGCAGCCAGCGUCAAUAUGCUGUCAUCUCGGAGUGAACCAAGAGCAGGGUGGCACCCCUUUCUGCCUAGAAUUUGUCCAUGGCUCCGCGCAUAUUUUUCAAUGGUUUCUGCGGCCAGCCCCAGUUACUAAAUUAAUCUCUUCACAGUGAGUCCGGCGGUGCUUCCGUGUGAGUGAAAGGCUCCGACGUGCCAAGAAUGGCAAAUGGACCCCAUCUCCAGCCACAGGAACCUCACCUCCCUGCCGCAGAUUUCUCUUGGCUCCGUUCCUUGGACCCGCGCCUGUCUCCUCCCACAGAAGCCAGAAAAAGGUCACAGAUGUUUGGAAAAAUAUUUAGGUUUAGUUCCCUGCCUUGAGAUGCGUUUACAACAUGAGAUACAACGAGAAGAAACCAUGUAGGAGCCCGGCUUUCCUGGUGAGCCGCAGCCGCCCGGUGGUGCCCAGUGACCGCGCACCUGACAGCAGCAGUGGGUCGCCCAUGUGGAGACACCCGGCAGGCGUCAGCAGCGGCAGAAGACACCAUUUCGUAGACGAACUAAUGGAUGAAGAUGACAAGGACAAGGCAAAGAGGGCUUCACGUAACAAGUCUGAGAAAAAAAGACGUGAUCAGUUCAAUGUCCUCAUCAAAGAACUCAGUGUCAUGCUUCCGGGCAGUAUCCGGAAGCUGGACAAAUCUACUGUGUUGCAGAAGACGAUUGACUUUUUACAAAAACACAAUGAAACUUCAGCACAGAAGGAGACAAAUAUAAUCCAGCAUAAUUGGAAGCCUUCAUUUCUGAACAAUGAGGAAUUUACACAACUGAUGUUAGAGGCAUUAGAUGGCUUCAUCAUAGCUGUAACAACAGAUGGAAAUAUCAUUUAUGUUUCUGAUAGCAUUACACCUCUACUUGGACAUUUACCUUCUGAUGUUAUUGAUCAGAAUUUAUUAAACUUCCUCCCAGAACAGGAGCAUGGAGAAAUAUUUAAAUUGCUGUCCUCUCAUACAUUAGUGACAGACUCUGUGUUGCCAGACUAUUUAAACUCUGAGAACUCCUUUGAGUUUUCUUGUCAUCUGCUGCGAGGGACUUUGGAACUAAAGGAGCCUCCUACCUAUGAAUAUCUAAGAUUUGUGGGAAAUUUCCAGUCUCAUGACGGUGUGCCCAGUUCCUCUUGUAAUGGUUUUGAAGGUUCUGUUCAAAGGACAUUUCAAACAACAAUAGAUGAACAGAUGUGUUUUGUAGCAACCGUCCGUCUAGCAACACCUCAGUUCAUAAAGGAAAUGUGCAUAAUUGAGGAGCCUUUAGAAGAAUUUACUUCUAGGCAUAGCUUGGAGUGGAAGUUUUUAUUUCUAGAUCACAGGGCUCCACCGAUAAUAGGUUAUUUGCCUUUUGAAGUCCUCGGUACAUCGGGUUAUGAUUAUUACCAUGUAGAUGAUCUGGAGCAGCUAGCAAGCUGCCAUCAACAAUUGAUGCAGUUUGGUAAAGGAAAGUCUUGUUGUUAUCGGUUCCUAACUAAAGGACAGCAGUGGAUCUGGCUUCAGACCCGCUUCUACAUUACCUAUCAUCAGUGGAAUUCCAAACCAGAGUUUAUUGUAUGCACGCACAAAUUAGUGAGCUAUGCAGAGGUUCGAGCACAGCGUCGAAAAGACAUCAAUUUGGAUGAUAGCUCUACAGAAAUUGUUGGUUCUUCAAUUCUUAAGGGACAUGACUCAAGACUUGAUACUCAGCAACAUGUUAAAACAAUUGAAGUGCUCCCUGGCAGCCCAUCACCUUCUUCUUCAUCUCGGAGUUCGCACAAAUCAUCUCAUACCUCGGUGUCAGAAUCUGCAUCAACACAAAGUAAACUACUCUCAGAGACUAGCGCUCCAUCCUUGCAGACGAAACCAACAGUACAACAAGAUAUAGGAAUUCAGCAACAUCAGCCUGCCAGCAACCAGUCUUCUUUAAUAUCAGAGCCAUCUAUUGAUCUACUUUCGCAGGAGCUGAUGCCCCAAGCUACCAUGGUCAGUCAGUCUGCCUCAAUGACACAGUUCCCAGCACAGUUGGACAUGAUUCAGUCUCUCAAGGACCAGCUUGAGCAACGUACGCGCAUUCUCCAAGCAAACAUCACAUGGCAGCAAGAAGAACUACAAAAAAUCCAGGAGCAACUGUGCAUGGUGGAUGACUCGAAUUUACAGUUAUUGUUACAACAGCCAACGCCUAUCAGCCUGAGUCCAUUACAGUAUCAGGAAUCACAACAGCAAAAGCAGCAACAAAUGGAUCUUGUGGUGCCAGACCAGGAUCUUCCCAGUAAACAGUUCCAGAAUGCUAAGAUGAUUCGUGCUGGACAAGUUGUACAGACUUCCCUGCCUAACCUAUCCUCUGGAAGCCUGGCAUUACAUUUCAGCAGUCCUAUGAUGUUCUCUCAGGCCCCAACAAUGACUCUCCAGAGUGAUGGCACCAUUGGCCAUUCAGGUCCUAACUUUGCUCAUGACAGGCAACUAAGGAUGCUACUAAGUCAACCCAUUCAACCAAUGAUGCCUAUUACAUGCCACACUAGACAACCCACAGAAUUCAGUGCUGUUGGACAACAAGCUAAGUACUUACAAGGACAACAAUUGUCUCAAAAUUUGGCGCCACAGCCAGUUAGAAAUAGCGUACCAAUGAUCUCCAAUGCAGUGCUUAUGGGUCAAAUAAUAACAGCUCCGGGAUUUCCUAUGCCGCAUCCAUCUCUGUCCCAGCAAACUAUGCAACUUCAACAGCAGCCACAACACUACUUACAGGCACAAACAUCUAGUUCCUUGCAAGCUGAACAACCAGAACUGCUCCUCCUUCCUCCUUCGUAUCCACAGCAACAGGACAUUCUGGGAUACCACCAACAAUCUCAGCAAAGACCACAUGUACAGCGCCUCUCUGAAUCAUAAAAUGUUUAACUCACCCAGUAGCCUUUCAGUGAUGAAGAAAAAUAGAGUCUAAAGCCUUUUGUAAAAGCAAUAUUCACCCCUUUGGUUUAAUAAUUUUCAAUUAAUGUGCUAAGUUUUUACUAUUUCCAUAGCAUGGUACAAAUGAGAUGUAUUAAAAUAUAGAGCUUCACAAAAUUUAUUGUAACAUAUUUUAAUUAUAUGUCUGUUAAUUGGAAAUGGAAAAAGAAUGGCACAUUGAAAGCUUCAAUUUGGCGUUAUAGAUUAUUUACAUAAUAGUUUUUUGACUGUUCUUAUCUCAUUUUUAAAUUCUGAUGAUUUGAAUAUGAGAGGGCCACAUCUACCACUGGUUAAUUGAUUGAAACAGCAGCGGCAUUAUGAAUGUUUUAAAAUGAUUAUUGAGUUUGUUAUAUAACUCAUUAGCAUGAUCCAACAAUAAAUAGUUCAGAGGUAUUUUAAAUACAUAAUGGCAGUAAUUUUCUGAUUUUGUAGAGCUGGAGAAGACUUGCCUGUUAGCACCAUAUUUCAAAAAUUCUGGUGUUCUUUACAUGAUUUUCCAACCAUUAAUUUAAAUGGUCAGAAAGCCAUGGGCAUUGUGUGCCAAGAUUUUCAAUGUGCAUUCUUCCCCAUCAGAAGUAUAAAGUUAGGAAAUUACCCCUUAUAUGUACAGAUGUAACAAGCUGGUCUCUGAUUCCUUUUACCCUUUCUAAAUUUGCUGUUAUCAAUCUACAGCAGGGAAAUAAACUGGCAGGACUAUGGAAAUAGAACAAGGGAAUGGGACUGACGAGAUUGUUCUUCAGAGGGCCAGCAUGGGCUCAAUGGGAUGAAUGAUCUCUACGCGGCCAUUAUGACUCUGACACAAGGGGAUUCGAGCAUUAUGAGAAUCUGAGAAAGAUGCACUUGACUUUUUUGCACAAACACGGCUUUUAAGUUUGCAAUGUAACCUCGUUCCUGUUAUGUAUUCAACAUAUCUUUUACGAUUCCCUGUGCUAAAUCACAAAACUGGCACAUUUCUGACAAUCUAACAGCUGGUGUGCUACUAGGCUCCUUCAAGGACACACACUUUGGCCAAAUCUUUGCAGCCCUAUGGGAUGUUCUUCAUUUCACCUUUAAUAGAACAAUCACUAAUGGAAAAGGAUAAGUUCUACAACACUGGACAUUUAGAAGAAAACUGUUUACUUUGUUGUAUGAUUUUCAGAGACAGGCACUUUUUCUGAUCUGUAUGUUUUAUUAAGGCUGCAUUUGUUACAUAAAAAUCUCAAAAUAAAAAGUGAGGGAGGAACUGUCUAUCAUACAGAUACUGUAAUAUAUGAGUUAUUUCUGUAUAAAUGAUUCUUUGCAACAGAGGUGGAUUUUAGCCUAAUUUUGUAUAAAAUGCAUCAAACCAUUUCAUAUUUGUUUUUUGUCAGUGACCAUUUUGUAAUAAAUAGUAGAAAUCAUUGA